UUGGAGAACGCCGAUCGCGAUUUAAUUCUAAUAUUUAAACCUAUAAAAUUUAGUGUUUUUAAAGAUAAUUUGUGUUUCUUUUCAAUUAUGGGUGUCACAAUUUUACAGCCCUAUCCGGUGGAAAACAAAUCCGGAGCACAAACGAUCGAGUUCUUGGUGAAACGGGUGCUAGCUCUAGGAGCCGUGCAGGUGGGACACUUUCUAGUGGAUUGUGAGACGUACACUUCGAUCCCGCAGAUCGGGCCCACCAAAACCGUCCACAUACUGCACAACUCGGAACAACCUGCCUCAGUUUUCUCCAUUCUGGACACCGGAGCCAAACAAAUCCCGCUGGUGACGGAUGGUUUGUUCGAUUUGCUGAUGUCCCGGAUAUCGCCGGUUUACACCUCCAAAAAGCAGACCAAAAUCGAAUCGAAAGGACCGAGAUUCGAGUUUGGAGACUUCCUGAUCAAGUUGGGUAUCGUAACGAUGAGUCAAAAUUUUAAGGGCGUCCUGGUGGAAGUGGAAUACCGACCGUGUCUGGUGGCUUCCAGCUGUUGGGAGCUGAUGCGGGAGUUCUUGCAGGGAUUCCUGGGCUCUAAUGUUUCCAGUACCAUUCCGGCGUAUUUCGCCCAGCGGAUUAAUAUUAACCACACCAAGGCGAACGAUAUCUAUCAACCGAUCGAUACCAUCAACCAGUAUCUGGAACAUUUCACCAACUACCGGAAGCAAACUUCGGCUAUUGGUGCUAGGCCGUGAGAAGU